CGAGCCGAUAUUUAGCCAACUGUGCGGCUGAUUCCUGGACGGGGAACUCUUCGGCUCUGCACUUCUGGAGAAAUUGGUGUUUAAUUGCCGGGAAGAGCCCUUCGAAGAUACUCGGAUGCACUGGCAACUGUGCCAACAGCGUCUUCAAAUUUGGUCAACAUGGCGCGCAGAAGCUGGCAUUACCUUAGCCUUGUCGUGGCAGUCCUUUGUUGUCACCCUUCCACGCUUGUCUUCGGACAGGACCACGUUGGCACUGGUUUCAAAGCAUGCAAGGCCCGUAUCGAUGCUAUCUUGAGCGGCAACCUCACCUGGCAUGGCAUCAGCAACGAGACGAUUUCCCAAUAUCAGUAUUUCGAUGAUAUCCGUGGCAUGAACCCCGAGUAUGCCCGAAAGUUCCGGAACAACUUUACCACUCUGACUACCCCAGGCUGCAAAGUAAUUUGUGGUGAUCCCCUUGACUGGUACUGGCAGUCCGACGUUAGCUUGACGCUUGGCAUUGUCUCCAACUGGAUUUUGCCCAUCCUCGCUCUUCUCGCUGCUCUUCCCUACGAUUCUCUGCAUGGACGUAUGGCCAAGGAGCCCGUACACCAAUCAAGAGUCCUGAAGACGCUUGGUGCCUUGAACAACUGGAUCGGCUCUCCCCAGACGGCCCUGACGGCAACGCUGUUCAACAUUCACCAAAUGCGCAAAUGUCUUCGAGAAACAGUCGAGUUCGGCUCUGGCCAGGUGUCUGGUGGUUUCAAAGAGGAAAAGAUGAAUGCCUACUAUGUCCUCAGCUGCCUUGGCCAGUUUCAACUGCCGAGGUUAGAAGACAGGUUUCUCGAAACGCUGACAUAUGGACUGUUCCGACCCCUGGUUGCGUUAAAUCAAGGCGAACCGGCAACGGGCGACGUAAGGGCUCAAGAUUGGACGAAACAGCUUCUGGAAGAGAUGGCAUUCCAACUCAGGAUGCUGCGACGUCGUGGAGUUUACCCGGCCUUCCUCAGCAUUUUCCUCUUUUGCGUCGCCUACACCGUUUCCGUCAUCCUAGCGUUUGCUCUGAAUGUGGGCGAACGGACGACGGCGCAUGCCAUGGCCUUCGGAAUCCUUCUCAGUUGGCUUCCGCUUCUGGUGCUCUUUGCCAUCAUCGACCGUAACCCCGUCUCGGCGGACCGGAGCAGAAAACUCAUCGCCCGUUGGCUCUGGAAUGUCGAUGCAGUCCUCGAAUGGGAAGAAUCCCAAGCACGGGAAACGCCUCUUAUCACCCCACACUGGUGGACUCAGCAGAGGGAGAACGACGACGUCUUGAGGGCUUUUGAUCACUUCAUUGGUGAGUUCAGCGGCCAAGGAAGAAAGAUUAGCUAUCACGGCCUCGCGUACGCCGUGGUCCAGAGCGCAUACGACGGACCUGGCAUCGGCCGGAGAAUGCGAUCUACCAACGAGAUCGCCACCGAAGCCCUGAGGAGACUUCAGGCUCAUCGGCCCAUGCCUUGGUGGAUUCUCGCCUUUACCUCGCUCACCAUUGUCUGGCUGGAGAUUGGGAUGGCUAUCAUGAUAUCGUACAACACACCGACGGUCGGAAUCGCCUGCAGAUCCGGAUCCUACAUCAUCUACGGCAUCCUGAGCUCGUUGACAUGGUUUUUCCAGCUGCUCCCCCCUUGCAAGCGCCCCGGAGUGAAGACCAAGGUUCUGUGCCAUGCGUUCAACCUGCUUUCGACGAUAACACUGAUGAUCAUCAUCUUCGCUGCUUUCAGCGGCGUGUUCAACAACUGCUUGUGCAAAGGUGGAUUCAGCGGGUACAUGGACUUUGAGAAUGCCGAGUUCUACCGGGACAAGGCUCAUUUUGAUGUCUCGAAUUGGUGGAUAACAUCCGCCGUGGUCGGCGCUCUCCCCAUGCUUCUCAGCUUGGCGUGCAUUGCCGUUGUCCCACCGAGGCUCCUGCCCAAUCUCAAGCCCUUGUGGAAGGCAAACGAACACCAGAACCGCACAACUUCUAUGGAAGCAGACACAAUUUGGCUGAUCUAGUAGAGUGGGAGACAGAGGGCAGCGGGUAAAAUGAUGGUUUUGGAGCAAAUAUUCAUGUAACUAGUAACUAUUUAUAAUAGCGACCCA